AUGGCAGGAACUACACACAGCUGGCCUUCCGGAAUAUCACCGCCGUUGAUGUACGACAAUGAUCUCAAUCAUGGAGGCCUCAUUGUUGUUAUCACAGUGUUUUGCUUGACUAUGACCUUGUUCGGACUGACAUUCAGGUUCUAUGCCUGGCGUGUCAGAAGCAAGAUUAGCAACAAUGACAUCUUUCUCGGUAUAACAACGAUUAUUUCGUGGGUGCAGAUGUCACUCGUCAUUUACCAAGCCCACCUUGGUUGGGGCAAGGCUGAAGCUCUAAUGGGGGGGCUCAACAUAUCACAGCCUCUAUAUAAGGCAAGAUACUCAGAACAUCCUUUGUGUUGUAUGUCUGGACUAACUCCCAUGAUCUUGUGGAUCGGGUACGCGGCCGAUUUGUUAUAUAUUCUCAUUCUCGGCCUCUCUCGCAUUACGGGCAUGGUAUUUUUCCAUGACAUUUUCAAUCUUCAUUCGAGCAAGACCAUUUACAGCAGCAUGGGAAUCAGUUUAUUUGGCACAGUGGCAUCUCUGAUACUCGGUGCCUUACGAUGUGACCGCCGAGCACCAUGGCAGGAUAUCUCGUCAGAGUGCAACUCGCUGCUGAGACACUGGAUAGGGAUUACAGCAGUUGACAUAUUCAGCGAGAUCGUUGUGCUGAUUUACCCUAUUCAUAUACUAAAUCGACUGUACAUGCCCGCUGCCAAAAAGGCUCUACUGUCGGCGGUCUUCGAGGCGCGAAUUAUAUUGAUACCGCUUUCCGUCAUCCAUUUGCUAUACGUGCGCAACCAAGUCGACUCCCCAGAUCCAUCGCUGGCCGGAACGUAUGGCACUCUCACGGCCGAGAUCCACCUCACAGUCAGUCUUCUUGUACACGUAUCGUCGUCGCUCAAGCCAUUCCUCGCCGUGUUCGAAGAUGAAAAUGGGCUUGCAUAUACCGAGAGUGCAAUUGAAUUGACGGAGCGAGGUGGAAGUGGUUCCACAUUUGGAAGAUGGCAGCAAACCAACCACCAUGUGCGGCGGUAUCGCUCCACGAGGAACGCACUUGGCCAUAAAAACGCGUGGCAUCAUGGAAUACUCGCCGUCAAGGGCACGCAGGCUCGAAAACGCGGGCAUGGCGAGAACAGCACUGCUGGCCUUCGCCGGCCUGAGUCGGAGAGCCCGCAUCCUUCCGGGCGUUGA